CAAAGCAUGAAGGUGUAGAGUGGUUGUUGUUGCAGAGUGCAGAGAACAGUAGCGUCUUGUUUACUGGGCCGCGCCGCUCGUGUUUGUCGCUCGUGCGUGCGCGUCUUGCAGUUGUUGUCUUCAAUCUCGAGGUGACUUAGCUGGUUUGUUUUCUGGGUGACACCACUUUCCUUCCUCCGCCAGUUUCUCUCAUGUCUUGAACCGUGCCACCUCUGUUCUUUGGGUUGGGUUCACUGCACUUGGAUUGGAGGGUCUUGUUUUAUGUGACCCUUGACUUGUUUCUGUGGCCACCAUAACUGGAGGGUCGGUGGUUAUGUUGAAUUUUGGUGAUGUUGCUUGGUUUUCAAGACGGGUGUAGUGUUUCAACUCCAAAGGUCUUGGCUUCUUGUUGUGUUUCUUCUCGGUUGUGGUUUUUAAUUUUGUUAUAUUAUUCUUUAGUGUUAUCGGGGUGUGGGGAAUAAUUUAUUUAUUGUUCUUAUUUUUUUUAAGUAUUGGGAUCCUGGUGAGGGUUUCGAACAUGCAAACAAGUGUUGUCAUUGGUUGUUAUGUGGAGCUGGUGAGUGGUUCCUCGUACUUGGUCCCUGCUUCUGGUGGUGACAUUUUAUAUUCAGUUGAGUUGUGUUCAAUCAGUGAGAGAAACUCGGUCCGUUGAUUUUGGGGUUCAAGUUGGUAUUUAAGGUGGGUUGCAAAGAAGGGAAUUUGGUAGUAAAGGGAAGGGUUGGAAGUGACAAUUUUUUUUUUCAUGUGGGACGUUUGUGUUUGAGUACAAGAUAUGCUGAUCUCUGAUGAAGGAGAUAAUGAUGUGUUUUUUGACUCGUUGGAUUGCUUGUCACCAACCCAAGAGUCUUUUUUGACAGAACAAGAGUUUGGCUAUGAGAUUUGGGUGAAUGAGCCUCUCAGUGUGAAGGAAAGGAGGGAAAGAUUUUUGCUGGGUAUGGGACUGGCUUGUGCUUCUUGUUCUGAUGUUCGUUCUCAAGAGAAGAUGAUGAGUUGUGAUGCCUCAUCAGUGAGUUUGGGACUAGAGAGGAUCAGAGAUUGCAGUGGAGCUAUCUCAAAUGAUUGUAGUUUGCCUGAUCAACAAGUUCCUGAGGAAUUGAUUCUCUCAGGAAGGGAAGCAACUUCGGAAGCACAAGUCUUGUUUGAUGAAUCGAAAGGGUGCUUUGAUGAUAAACCAGAAGGGAAGGUUUAUGAGGUUUCUUGUACAGAUCAAGAGCUCAGACAUGGAUCAGCUGAGGCUCUAGAAGAAUUUCAACAUUUUGAUAUGGGUAAAAAGGAAAAGAAAAGCUGGUGGAAGCACUUUAUAAACAACAGGAAAGGAGACGGAAGGAAAAUCAGAUCAAAAUUCAAUUCAGGGAAGAAUAAAACUUGCAGAGUAAAUGUAAGGCUGAAUAAGAAGAGUUGGAUGGAGUUCAGUGCACUGUAUAUUGGACAAGAGAUUAGAGCGCACAAAGGCCUAAUUUGGACUAUGAAAUUCAGUCCCAAUGGCCAUUAUCUAGCUAGUGGAGGUGAAGAUGGUGUUAUACGCAUAUGGCGUGUGACAUCACUGAGUACAUCUAGUAUUAGCUUCACUGCAGAAGACAGUGCUGUUAGCAGAGCGAAACAUGACAUCUCUUGUUCUCGGAAGAAACCCUCGAGUCAAUCCUUCAUUGCUCUUCCAAAUAAGAUUUCCAACAUUGAGGAAUCGCCCUUGCAAGAAUUUUAUGGUCACUCCAGUGAUGUCUUGGAUUUGGCUUGGUCUAAUUCAGAUACUCUCCUUUCGUCUUCUAUGGAUAAAACUGUUCGCUUGUGGAAAAUUGGUUGCAAUCAAUGUCUAAGAGUUUUCCAUCACAAAGACUACGUCACUUGUAUUCAGUUCAACCCCAUUGACGAAAAUUACUUCAUCAGUGGCUCCAUAGAUGGUAAAGUCCGAAUAUGGGGAAUACAUGAAGAGCGAGUUGUUGACUGGGCAUACGUACGAGAUGUGAUAAGUGCUAUAAGAUACCAACCAGAUGGAAAAGGGUUUGUUGUUGGUUCCCUCACUGGCACUUGCCGAUUUUAUGUUGCCUCAGGCAAACAUUUCCAGCUUGAGGCGCAGAUUCGUGUCAAUGGAAAGAAGAGAACGUCUGGCAACAAGAUUACUGGCAUUCAGUUUUCCCAGAAUAACCACCGAAGAGUUAUGAUUACAUCAGAAGACUCCAAAGUUAGAAUUUUGGAAGGCAAUGAACUUGUUCAAACAUUUAAAGGCCUUCCAAAGUCCGGAAGUCAGAUGUCUGGUUCAUUUACUUCAUGUGGAAAACAUAUAAUUUCAGUUGGAGAGGACUCUCGCGUUUAUAUUUGGAACUUCAAUGACUUGGGAAGUGCUUCUUCCAAACAAACGAAGUCCAAGUAUUCUUGUGAGUACUUUUGCUCUGAGGGGGUUACUGUUGCAAUGCCUUGGUCUGGCAUGAGUGCAGAACAAAGGAGCUCUGGCAAUGAUUUUGCUCAUUGUUCUUCAGAAAUGCAACACCAAUUAGAGGGUGCUCAUGGGCUUAGGGAGUCGGAACGGUUUUCUUUCGGUAGUUGGUUCUCCAUUGAUGGCACAUGCCGAGGUUCUAUGACGUGGCCUGAGGAGAAGCUUCCAAGCUGGGAUUUACCUCUUGCAGAAGUUGAAUUUGAUCACCAUCAACUAUGUAACAAAGAUCCUUGUCAUGACAAAUGUGUAUCAGAAACAUGGGGACUAUCAAUUGUGACUGCUGGUUGUGAUGGAACCAUCAAGACAUUCCACAACUUUGGAUUGCCCAUUAGGCUUUAGGACACUGUCAUGGCUUUGUUGGUGCAGAAUAACAUGGUAACUUACUCACAUUCAAGGGGCUCUUUGGUUUUGUCUUUCCAUAUGAGUGCUUUUGCCAGUUAUCUAGGUUGGUUUUACUUGGUGAAAUGUGGGCAUUCACAAAGGAGUUUCUGGGCCUUGAACUCCUAGCAGAAAAUUGAGGCAUGGAGUUAGAUGCUUAUCUGAGCUAUGUCAUGUCAAGCCUUCUUGACAUGUUUCACGAAUUGGUACUACACUUUAAGUAUGUUACUCAUUUAAAAUGGUCUGCUUGUAGUGUCAGGCCCCAGGACUCCUGAUCCUUUUUGU